UUUUUUUUUUUUUGCAUAAAUAUAAUAAUAAAAGAAAAAUGACCCCUCCGGUAAUCGUUGCCGUCGAGAGGAAACGGACAUCCGGGAAAUUCGUACCGAGCGGUCACAGAAAUCAACGUUAAUACGGUAUAUACAGUACUGUCCAAUUUGUCUGAGAAUAAGACCGCGGGAGAGCCCAAAUCAAUUACACCAUGUACGGUUUUACAGCCUACAAACUGCAUACGGUCACGCCGAAUCCAUGUCGUUCAACGUCCGACACCGGGAGACGGACAUCUACGACUGUUCAUUUUAAUCCGAAAAUCCCAUUUAACGGUGCGGUCGACCACGCUCACAGGUCUAAAGAUACCAUCAAAUCGGCGGCCUUGACUGCGGCAUCGACAUGUCAUCGUCGCAGUGGACAAAAACACGUGGCGGCCGUCUACGAAAAAGCUUAUCCGCGUGGGUCAUUUCCAAAUGACUGCAUCGGCGACGACCUUGAAGAUUACUUAAGCCACAGGAGGUACUCGGCCGACGAAUGUAGUUUGGACGCGGGACGCAAAAACACCAUCACCCCCGGCACCACCGGCGGAACGGCGGCUGCUGUGACGUACGACUUGCCGCCGUACGACCAAAGACUGUCGGACACCAUACGGGACGUCCACCGUAAGUUCCACGAAAUCGGCAUAUACGAGACGGCCGUCAUAGGGGAUAUGACACCUGACAUCCCGGAUCCGAGAAUCCGGUCAUCACCAGAGAUGAGACGGUCGGAGACGGAUGACCCGGCAGAGUGCAUGAAGCUUGUGCUAAGAGCUGCCCGGGACAUGGACCUGGAGACUGUAGCUAACACAUUGGCCAGCUACGACGAGCAGUUUUUUUACACCAAUAUAAACGAUACGGACUCAACGGGCAGGACGCUUUUAAGCUACUUGACUUCCAGUGGUAGUUUGGAAAUUGUUGAAGAGCUCUUGAGAGUGCCCGAUCUGGAUUACAACAAGCCGGACAAUGAGGGUAACACGCCGUUGCAUUUCGCAGCACAAGCAGGCCAGUCGGAGAUCGUCUGUCUGUUAUUAAACAGCUGUUUGCACCUAGAAAUCGAUGCCAGAAAUUGUUUGGGUUUCACGCCUUUGAUGAAAGCCGCCCUUCAGGGACGAACGAAAUGCGCCAAAUUUCUUCUUUAUGCAGGGGCGUCACCAACCAUGAGGGACACGGGCCGCGGCCUGCGGGCCGAACAAUGGGCGCGCUUUUGCGGUCGGUACAACUGUGCGGACGUCAUCGAGAAAUUGGCCCGAAACCGUCUGUUGGAGCGGACCACUUCGUACGGCCGUUGGGGCAGCGAUCCGGAACUGGGGCCGCACCUGUUGAUCAACGGCCGACUAAUGCAGCCGCCGACUGGCCUGCAACGGUCGGGUUCGCAGCGGCAUUCGAUCAAGUCCAAGCUGAAGCGGGCCUUUCGCACGUCCUCCAACCCGGACUCGACGGCCAACCAGUACUCGCUGGUAACGCAGCUGACCGGGGCCGCACUGUGCGCCAGUAGUCCCGCGCUUCCCGUGCAGACCCGCACCAAACCGAUGGUGAAGUCGUUGCUCAGGCCGCUUACCGUGCCCAAGGUGACCGUCACCGGGCUGCCAGACCAACCAAACGCGCCGGUCACGCCUCCGUCACCGGAAGGACGGAACAGUAAGAAAAAGCACAAGGACAAAAAACGAUAAUGGAACACCAAAUACCGGAAUUUUCCGACCGAGAAAACUUUUUUUUCUAGAAUUUAUAAUAAUUCAUUAAUUUUUCAUUAAUAUUAUCAUCAUUAUUAUUAUUAUUAUUAUUAUUAUUAUUAUUAUAUUAUAUACUAUUAGUUGUUUAAAAGACCAUUCUAAUCCGUACACGGUUGAUCGAUACGAAUAUUGAGUACAACAAGUUCGUAAUAUUAUAUUUAUAUUAUUAUUAUUAUGGCGAAGAUAAAAUAUCCAAAUUCAAAUUAAUUCCUUAUUAUUUUAAUUAAACAACCCCGCCAAACGAGUAUAUUAUGAUAGUUUGUUGAAACAAAUUAAGUUAACGUGGUAAAACAACUUUGUCGAUUAAAAACUACACUAUUAAAUCUUGUGGUAAACAACAAUAACACAGUUCGCGUCUUACCCUAUGUUUGUAUUAUAUUAUGCGGGUAUUCUGUGCGCUUCAUCCCAGCGUGAAAAAGUUUUAAGAGGUUUCUAUAGUGAGACGAGGGUGUUUUUUUUUGUGAAGUAGGAGGAGUUUGAAUUAUGUUUAAGUGGUAUUCGACGCGGGAGGAAAUAUUGCAGAGCUCACUCGAUUACCGUCGGGUGUACGAGGUCGACGACAAAAUAAAAAUAAAAUUCACUGUGGGAAAAAACUAAAUGCGCCGGUCGUUUGGGUUUUGUUUGUUAGUUUAUUAUUAUUUUCAUACCGUCGAAUCGUCCCUGAACAAACAAACGGCGGAAUAUAUUCCAUUUUAUUUGUUUUAUUACGCGUACAGUGCACUAGUUUUUCGAUUACAAAAUUAAACCACAGACAAAAUUAUUUCUCCAUAUUAUGAUUCUUGUAUAAUAACACCGAUGGGACCGGCCGACUACGACUUGAGAUGUUGUACAACGAUUUUUCGCCGGUUGUAUGCGACAUUUUUCAUAAUAACUUGGAAAUAGCCGUGUUCAACUAAAGAUCAGUUCAUUUUAAUCUCUCACCAACCCCCCCCCCCCCUAAAAACAAUGGCGACUUUUGAUAACUUAACAAACCUCGCCGACUCCACUAAAACCCAGUGGUUUUAAUUAUUUAAUGAAUUCUCUUUUCUUCUCUUUAUGACAGUAGUAUGUUUGAAACUGUAGUUAUGGAAAGUUUAUAAUUAAUAAAUGUACAAUAGCUUAGAAAGAAAACAGUACAAUUAUUAUAUUAUAACGCGACUAACCGCGUACCUACAAGUCUGUCUCGCUUUUUUGCGCUUAUCAAAAUCUCGUGAGUUGACUACAAAAGAUCAUAUCGACCAACUGUUGUUUUGAGUGGAUUAACUUGGUUAAAAAUAUUCAAAUAAAAAGUCCUUAUUUGUUAUAACUAAAGAUGGCAAAAUAAUAUUAAAUAAACUUCCAUAAUCAUUGACCAAAAAGAAAAAUGACCAAAAAAAAAAAGUUUUAAAAUACAAAUUAUUAAUAUUUAUAUCAAUGUAUUUAUCAAUUUGUUGCCAAAACCCGCAUGGCCUAGGUUUCAUAUUUCGUUAGAUCAUAUUCUAUUUUGUUACAAUAUAUAUAUAUUUUUUAUUGUUCUAAAAUAUAAUAUCAUGUUCUGUACAUUACACUAUAGCGAAGCAGAUGAUUGAGGGCACGAAACACAUGUUUAUUUUAUUGUUAAUUUAUUAGCAACAUAGGUGUUCUAAACACCUAUGUCACUUAGGUGUUUUAAACUCUAUACCGUGGCUGUUGAGUUACAGUCCAUAACUAACUCUGUUACCCACUAUUUUACUUGCCUAGUAUUUUCUUAAUAACAAUCACGCAUAAAUUAUUGCGAUAGAGAUAAAAAUACUUCUAAAAAUGUUUAUAUGACAUGCACAAAUUAGUAUUCAAACACAAUGAUUUAUAAAAUUUCAUCAGUCCUUGCUAUGAUUUUAGGAACUUAAAUUCCAAAUUGAACGGUGACUCUAUACGUUUUUUUAUUCACAGAGCAAUACGAACGGACGAUGCCAAAUAGACACUAGUGGUUACUCUAACGAAACAGAUGUUGUAUAAUGUUGUUUGUAUUUUUCAUUUCGCUUUUUCGAACCGCACUUUCCUUUCCUUUAGCGUAUGAUCUUGAAUUUGGAUUAGGAUACAAAAAAGCACCAAUUUGUUAGACACAUAUAUAUUGAUAUAUUAUUAUAUUGUUACUUAUCGUGGACGUCCGUCGCUUAGAUGUGCUAGAUGGGAAAAAAACAAACGUACACUACACUGAUAUCCAGUCAAACUUAAUAUUAAAUCAUAUAAAUAAUAUAAUAAUAAUUUAUAAAUUAUAAUUACGUACUACAUUGUUUUUUAAUAUUAAAACGUUUUGUUACAAUUCAAAUGUUAUUGUUAAAUUAUUAUUAGAUACGAUACUUUAUGUCUACAGUUGCCCCAAAAGUCCCGCCACACUCAAAGUAAUUUAAAUUUAAGUUCAAGUAAAAAAUAUAUUUUUUUUUCAUCUGGAGUCGGUGAAACUUGGAGCUCUUUGUAUUAUCAUUUAGAAAGAAAUCAAUUUAAUUUUAAUGAAAUUAAAUUAUUUCUAUUUGGGUUAUCGCUGGACAUUUGGGACACGCUGAUUUUAAACAUUAUAUUGUUAUAAAAUAAGGUGCUCUUUCUUUAGAUAUUGUAUUUUUAAACUAUAAAGUAGCUUUAUGGUAUUUAAUUAAUUUAUUAUAAUAAUCGUUACGUUAUUUUUUAUUUUCUAAUAUAAUUCUUUUUGUAAUUUUUAAAAAUAUAAAAGUAUAUAUUAUGUUAUAUAGUGUAC